AUGGCCUGUGCCCUUCUCCUCGGGCUCCUUCUAUUUACGGUGCUGGCAGCCCCCUCCCAAGGCAACCGCCCCAGCCCCACAUCUCGUUUACGUUAUUCCAGGUUCCUAGAUCCUUCCAAUGUCGUUUUCCUGCGCUGGGACUUUGACCUUGAGGCCGAGAUGAUUACUUUUGAGCUCCAGGUCCGAACAGCUGGCUGGGUGGGCUUGGGGGUCACAAAUCGCUACACCGUCGUGGGAAGCGAUCUGGUGGUUGGAGGUGUCUUGCCUAAUGGCAAUGUCUAUUUCUCGGACCAGCACCUGGUGGAUGAAGACACCCUGGAGGAGGACGGGAGUCAGGAUGCUGAGCUGCUGGGGCUGACAGAAGACGACGUCUAUACCACCAUGCGCUUCUCCAGGCCCUUCCGCUCCUGUGACCCUCACGACCGAGACAUUACGAGCGACACCAUGAGGGUGCUGGCCGCCUACGGCCUGGAUGACACCCUGAAGCUGGAUCGGGAGCGUACUUUUGUCAAGUCCAUCUUCCUGCUACAAAUAGUCCACCCAGACGAUCUUGACGUCCCUGAGGACACCAUCAUCCAUGACUUGGAGAUCACUGACUUCCUCAUCCCAGAGGAUGACACCACAUAUGCCUGCACCUUCCUCCCUCUCCCCAUCGUCAGUAAGAAGCAUCACAUAUACAAGUUUGAGCCCAAGAUGGUCCAUCGCAACGAGACGAUGGUGCAUCACAUCCUCGUGUACGCCUGUGGCAAUGCCAGUGCCCUGCCCACGGGCAUCAGCGACUGCUACGGGGCCGACCCCGCCUUCUCGCUCUGCUCCCAGGUCAUCGUGGGCUGGGCUAUCGGGGGCACAAGCUACCAGUUCCCAGAUGACGUGGGCAUCUCCAUUGGGACGCCCCUGGACCCACAGUGGAUCCGACUGGAGGUUCAUUACAGCAACUUUCACAACCUUCCUGGUGUGCACGACUCCACGGGGAUGCGAAUGUACUACACCGCACGGGUGCGCAAGUACGACAUGGGGGUCCUGCAGCUGGGCUUCUUCACCUUCCCCAUCCACUUCAUCCCCCCGGGCGCCGAGUCCUUCCUGUCCUACGGGCUGUGCAAGACGGAGAAGUUUGAAGAGGUGAAUGGGGCCCCGGUGCCUGGCAUCCAGGUGUAUGGCUACCUGCUCCACACCCACCUGGCCGGGCGGGCUCUGCAGGCCGUGCAGUACAGAAACGGAACACAACUCCGAACAAUCUGUAAAGAUGACUCCUACGACUUCAAUCUGCAGGAGACGCGAGAUUUACCUCAUCGCGUGGAGAUCAAGCCGGGAGAUGAACUGCUGAUAGAGUGUCACUACCAGACACUGGACCGAGACUCCUUGACUUUUGGGGGUCCCAGCACCGUUAAUGAGAUGUGCCUCAUCUUCCUCUUCUACUAUCCCCGGAACAACAUCUCCAGCUGCAUGGGGUACCCUGACAUCAUCUAUGUGGCCCAUGAGCUGGGGGAGGAGGCAUCAGAUUCCAUGGAGGGCAUUAUGGCCAUGAACAAUGUUGAGUGGACCCCAGAGAGCAUUAAGAAGGCUGAGAAAGCCUGCAAGGAGGCCCAGCAGACUGUGAUCAUAAAGACCAUUGACGAGAUAGUGGAAAACACAACAGGCUGGAUUCCGGAAAUCAACCCUACGCCUCGGCAGCCCUGCUUGGAGUCAUGGGGAGGCAAAGUGGAGCCCCAGGACCAGACCCCUGCAGGCUUCAGGGCCGCACCAAUGGCUCUCUCAGCCUCAGGCACUGCUACCCCAAGGUGCUUCUCCCUGGCUGCUUUCUUGCUUGGGCAGGGGGCCAUCUGUUGGCUCCUUGCCACCCUGCAGGCUGGAAUCUGA